AGAGAGAGAGGGAGAGAGAGUCAGAGAGAGUGAGAGAAAGUCAGAGAGAGUCAGAGAGAGUGAGAGUGGAGUCAUUUUGCUGUGGCUCUUCAGUAAACCCAAGUUAGAGACAGACAGGGUAUUGUAUUUACAGCAGCAUGAUCCUCAUCACAUUUGGACUCUAUCUUCCACUAUUGUUUUGUUAUGUCCUGUCUCAGUCUUCUUUCCUGGACAAUAUUCUCUCAUUCCCAGCAGGUAAGAGAGCCAGCCGUGUGUGUGUGUGUGUGUGUGUGUGUGUGUGUGUGUGUGUGUGUGUGUACAUGCGCACACUCAUGCAUGUGUGUGUUUAUAUGUGUGUCUGUGUGCGUGCAGGAAUAUGUCAUGCAUGGUUUUGACAAGCUGCAGUCCGACCCUGGGUAAACUCAACAUCAUGUCUUAUCACGAUUGUCUCUGCACUUUGAAGUGUCUGUUGCUGUGUAUUUUCCUGUAAUUUAUGGAAUAUGAAAUGCUGUCAGAAUGGAAAUGUCUCUAUAAAUAGCGUCUGUCUACAGUUCCUGACAGGGAGGAAGGCAUAUGGUGCCUCAUAUCUGUAUUCAGCCAGAGCCGGGAGCAGCUCUCUCCAGUGUGGAUGCCGUGAUGUCACUACACUCAUCAUGUUACUGUCAUGUUACAGUUCCCUGUGUGAUUUCAGUUCUUAUUAUAUUCUAGUUAUUAUUUGUCUGAUUUGUAGAUGUAUUUCAGUUUUUGUAGUAUAUACCUAUAUAGAUACCAUGUGUAGCUUCUAGUGUCUGCAAUAACCUGCCAGACAGUGCAUUUCCAUACAUUUACAGAUUACUUUCAGUUCAGCUGAUGUUUGUUGUGAAGGGGAGGAUCUGCUGAUUGAGUGGAUUUGAACUAGGCAGCUGCAACACCAGUUCUUUGGCAAUGCCCCUAUGCAGGAGAUUUUCCUUUAUGGCUUGUUAGUGAGGUGUUGUCUGGUCUCUGCCUCAACAGGACGCAGUAACAUACAGAUUAUUAUACACACCUUACCAUACACUUUGAUGCUGUUAGAAAUAAGCAAACAUUGGGUUUUCUUUAAGCCCCUUCAACCAGUUUUGACACUGACUCUAUUCGUUUAAUUUCCCACUGAUGUCUACAUGACAAACCCCCUCUGCGGGGUCGGUGUGUAUUUACUUCCCAUGUGACUGACUUACCAUACUGUCCACUACUUUCCCCAGCUCUCCAACAACAACCUGCCUUGGACCAGCAGAGGAAAUUCAACCCCUGCUGUUUACUGAGUCCGCCCCCGCCCCCCCUGUUCCCUCCUCCCCCCUCACUGUGGCAACGCGGUGGUCAUGUGAGUCCAAAGUCAUGUGACUUGUCCUUGUGGAGUGUAUGAUUGUUGAUUUGUCCUUGGGUGCUAUCCAAACCUCACUCCCUGGCUAUGUUCCAAAUUGCACCCUUUUCCCUACAUAGCGUACUACUUUUGAUAGGGCUAUGGUCAAAAGUAGUGGACUAUAAUGUAUAGGGAAUAGCGUGCCAUUUGUGACUUAGCCUCACUCUUGCCCUCCUCUGCCCCUGACUAAGAGCAGUAGGGAUUUCUGAUGAUAGAGUAGGUGUGUGCAGGAAGCGAUGGAUUAACUGGUCUCCCACCGAGUGCUGACUGCAGAUCAGGGUUGAUGAGGGGAUACGACCUUAGAGGGUCCUCUUAGAGAUACAACCCUCAGCCUAUCCUGUUAGAGGGUCCUUAGAGAUACAACCCUCAGCCUAUCCUGUUAGAGGGUCCUUAGAGAUACAACCCUCAGCCUAUCCUGUUAGAGGGUCCUCUUAGAGAUACAACCCUCAGCCUAUCCUGUUAGAGGGUCCUUAGAGAUACAACCCUCAGCCUAUAGCCUAGACUGUAAACUCAAGAGGAGUGAUGACCAGGAGUUUACGCUGAAUGAUUGUGUACAAUCUCUAAUUCAAACUGACAGAUGACAUGACACACAGCUGUCAUUUUGAUUGGCAAAUAGUGUAUAAGUGAUCCACAAUCUUAAUUGUACUGUAAUUGUACUUCAGUACCGCAAAUAACUACUGAUCAUUUUAUUAUUAAAUAAAGCAAUUAUUAAAUGGAAGUGUUUUUGUUUGAUUGGUUUAGAAUGAAGAGUCCGAUAAUGGAGGAAAACAUGGUGAAGAUCCAGAUCCAGGGACGGAGCUGAAAGGUCCCACCUGUGUCCCAGGCCCCCCAGGCCCCGAUGGACCCCCCGGUCCUCAGGUAGGUAAACUUAUCCACCCCGCAGCUGUCUCAUGUUAACAUUGUCAUCCCGUUGGCUUCAUCACUUUGUCUUUAUAAGCCAGAUAUUUGGAAGAGUAUUUAAUCAGGGCUUAUCAGGUGGACACCUCAGUUAGUUGCCUGAGCUUCCUUACUUUUCAGAAAUGGCGGUAUACAGGUGUUGGGGGUUGGCUAUGUCCUCUAUAGGCCCCUAGCAGCGCUUUACCAUCUGAGACCCGUGUGAGUUCCUUCUCCUCCCUUCCUGUUGUACCUCUAGAGCUGGAGACAGGGACGGGGAUGGGGACGGGGACGGGGACGGGGACGGGGACGGGAACGGGGACAGGGAUGGAGACGAGAACGGAGACGGGAACGGGGACAGGGACAGGGACGGGGAUGGGGACGGGGACAGGGACGGAGACUGGGACGGAGACGGGAACAGGGAUGGGGACGGAACGGGGAUGGGGACGGAGACGGGGACGGAGAAUUGGGAUUACAUGGAGCCCUCCAACACAGCAUCCCAUUAACACUCCACAUUUAGACACGACGCAAAUAGACUUUUUCCACUGGCUGCCACGGCUCUCUGUCCCUCCACACACCAUUCUUAGAAACAUCCCAAACAGCCCGGUCUGCUUGGAAAGGCAUAUUGAGUGGAGGGAGUACAUUCCUGUAUCGCCUUGUAUACACAACAACCUGGUUAGGCUGCAUGUGAUUCAUUUCCAUGUGUUUCUGUGUGGAGGGUGGAUGGGUGGUGGUGGUGUUGCUGUGUGGAGGGUGGGUGGUGGUGGGUGGUUGUGGUGUUGCUGUGUGGAGGGUGGGUGGUGGUGGUGGUGUAUCUAUGUGCGAAGGGUGGGUGGUGGUGUUGCUGUGUGGAGGGUGGGUGGGUGGUUGUGGUGUUGCUGUGUGGAGGGUGGGUGGUGGUGGUGGGUGGGUGGUGGUGGUGUUGCUGUGUGGAGGGUGGUGGUGGUGUUGCUGUGUGGAGGGUGGGUGGAGGGUGGGUGGGUGGUGGUGGUGUUACUGAGUGGAGGGUGGUGGUGGUGGUGGUGGUGGUGUUGUGUGGAGGUGGGUGGUGGUGGUGUAUUACUUUUUGGAGGUGGGUGGUGGUGGUGUUACUGUGUGGAGGGUGGGUGGUGGUGUUGCUGUGUGUGGGGUUGUUGGUUUGUGUGUGGGUGGGUGGGUGGGUGGUUGGUUUGUGUUUGUUGCUGUGUGGAGGGUGGGUGGGUGUGGUGGUUUGGUUGUGGUGUUGCUGUGGUGGAGGGUGGUGGUGUGGUGGUGGUGGUGUUGCUGUGUGGGAGGGUGGGUGGGUGGUGGUGUUGCUGUGUGGAGGGUGGGUGGUGGUGGUGUUGCUGUGUGGAGGGUGGUUGGGUGGUGUCGCCGUGUUGCUGUGUGGAGGGUGGGUGGGUGGUGGUGUUGCUGUGUGGAGGGUGGGUGGGUGGUGGUGUUGCUGUGUGGAGGGUGGGUGGGUGGUGGUGUUGCUGUGUGGAGGUGGGGUUGGGUGGGUGGUGUGUUUGCUGUUGUGGAGGUUGUGGUUUGGUGGUGUUUUUGCUGUUGUGGAGGGUUUGGUUGGGUGGUGGUGUUGCUGUGUGCGGAGGGUGGGUGGUGGUGUUGCUGUGUGGAGGGUGGGUGGGUAGUGGUGGGUGGUGGUGGUGUUGUAAUGUAGCAGAUCCUAUAGUAAUCCCAGAGUCCUAUAAAUUGCCAAUUGCCUAGAUGGCAUUCUGUCAGGGAGAGGAGAGCAUGGUUAGCAGACCCUUCAGAUUGUUUUUCACAUCAGUAUUCAUGCACAAUUCAUGCACAAUUUAGCCUAUACAGCAUGGCACCAGAGUUAGCUGACUGCAAAUGAAGCUAACAAGCACAUUUAGUGUCAAUAUUAUCCUGUACCUGCUAAUUGAUAUUACAGGAUAUUAUGAAGGGAAUUCAGAAUAUUAUUGGGAUUGUAAAUAAUCAGUCGAUUGCCCCCCCCAAAAAAUUGUUUUAAAUAAUAAUAACAUGUUCUAAUUGUUUAUAUAUAUGAUUAUUGUUGACCUUCUACAGGGUCCAGCUGGGCUACCAGGUCUGAAGGGACCAAAAGGAGAAAAGGUAAGUGUCAUUUAUAAAAUACAUUUUUUUUUUACAUUAGAUGUUUAGUGACUGAUUGAAAGUUGUCAUUAUACGAAGAGGAAAGGGCUUGUAUGAAAAGCACUAGUUAUAACUGUAUGUCUCUGUCUCUGUCUCUGUCUCUGUCUCUGUCUCUGUCUCUGUCUCUGUCUCUGCCUCUGUCUCUGUCUCUGUCUCUGUCUCUGUCUCUGCCUCUGCCUCUGCCUCUGUCUCUAUCUCUGUCUCUGUCUCUGUCUCUGUCUCUGUCUCUGUCUCUGUCUCUGUCUCUCUACCUCUGUCUCUGUCUCUGUCUCUGUCUCUGUCUCUGUCUCUGUCUCUGUCUCUGCCUCUGCCUCUGUCUCUGUCUCUGUCUCUGUCUCUGCCUCUGCCUCUGCCUCUGUCUCUAUCUCUGUCUCUGUCUCUGUCUCUGUCUCUGUCUCUGUCUCUGUCUCUGUCUCUGUCUCUGUCUCUCUACCUCUGUCUCUGUCUCUGUCUCUGCCUCUGCCUCUGUCUCUGCCUCUGCCUCUGUCUCUGUCUCUGUCUCUGUCUCUGUCUCUGUCUCUGUCUCUGUCUCUGUCUCUGUCUCUGUCUCUGUCUCUGCCUCUGCCUCUGUCUCUGUCUCUGUCUCUGUCUCUGUCUCUGUCUCUGUCUCUGUCUCUGUCUCUGUCUCUGUCUCUCUACCUCUGUCUCUGUCUCUGUCUCUGUCUCUGUCUCUGUCUCUGUCUCUGUCUCUGUCUCUGUCUCUGUCUCUGUCUCUGUCUCUGUCUCUCUACCUCUGUCUCUGUCUCUGUCUCUGUCUCUGUCUCUGUCUCUGUCUCUGUCUCUGUCUCUACCCCUGUCUCUGUCUCUGCAUCUGUCUCUGUCUCUGUCUCUGUCUCUGUCUCUGUCUCUGUCUCUGUCUCUGUCUCUGUCUCUGUCUCUGUCUCUGUCUCUGUCUCGCUACCUCUGUCUCUGUCUCUGUCUCUGCCUCUGUCUCUGUCUCUGUCUCUGUCUCUGUCUCUGUACCUCCAGGGAGAACUGGGACGACCUGGACAAAAGGUGAGGGCGUCCAUUGAUCAUUCUAUUAGCUCUGCUAAGUGGAUUUGCUCAAAAAUGAGAUCCAGUCCCUUCUCAGUCUGUCUGGUGGGCUGUAACUCACGUCCCCGCCGCCCGCCUGUCCGCCCGCUGCCUGGUUAUGAACAUUAUGAAAUGCAGAGGAAGACUAGCAGCACAACCUUGCCAGGAUGCUAGGAUAGCUAGGACACAGAGAGAGCCGCUGAGAUAGAAGAUGUAUAGAAGCAUUCUGCUGAGUUGGAGUGGAGAGUGGAUGAACCUCCCACCCCGUCCCAUGUCUCCUCUAACAGAUGGGGAAGUAUUGGUCACCCUGUUAGCUCCUGAAACCCAUCCAGCUUCACUAGGCCCUGUUCAGGAGGGUGCAUCGUUACAGCACCUUCACAUAGAGAUGUAUUGCAUAGAAAAUAGAUGAUUGUAGGUCGUAUAGAAUAGGGAAUUCGAACUCACUCUAUCUAUUUAAUUUAUAUCUGCAACAUUCUGAACAUUUAAUCCCUCCGAAUACACCCCCACUUUCCUGUCAUGUGGUCCAUCCCCGCUCCCAUUGGUAUUGGAGGAUGGAUCCAUCUAUACGUUCACUGCCCUGCUCUGUGAGCUGCGGGGCUGGCUGUGUGCAGCAGCAGCAUUGCAGUGCAAUUUAGCUUAGUGCUCGAGCCAGACCAUAAAUCAUUUUAUUUCCCACAAGCAGCGGGCCUCCUGUUCUAUAUGCGGCCUAUCAUUUCAUUAAAGAGGGCAGAGUGACAGCCCUUGUUAAAGUCCUUCUCUCUCUCCACAUGGCGGACCAGGGUAAAAACACUACACAGGUUGUCAUGUCAACAUCCCCACCAGCUCACGGAAUUCUCUGUAACCAUUCAGAACAAUCAUGUUUGUAACUCAUGCUACAUGUUACUUCUACUUUUACGAUAUUACACACGAAAAGAUGAUACUGCACAGUACACAGUUUACAUGGAGAGCUGCUGAUUCAUUCAGUUGAAUGGUUGUGUUCUAGCGUCUGGUAGGUCAGCUGGUAAUUCUUUAUAUGGCCGUCUUCAUGGCCUGUGUUUUCUAGUCAGUUCAGAACUUCUGGUCUGGUUAAAGUAGUGUUUUAAAGGUUCUGAUAUGGCUCAGCUAUUCUCACAUAUACCCUAUGUACCGUACACAGGAGGCUGCUGAGGGAGGACAGCUCAUAAUAAUGGCCUUAAUGGUACAAAUGGAAUGUCAUCAAACUAAUGGAAACCAUGGAAACCAUGUGUUGGAUGUAUUUGAUACCAUUCCACUGAUUCCACUCCAGUCAUUACCAUGAGCACGUCCUCCCCAAUCAAGGUACCACCAACCUCCUGUGGUACUAUGUGUGAUAACUGUAAAAAGUAUGCUAAAUCAGUCGUUCCCAAAGGGGGAGUACUGCAGGGGGUCUGCAGCCAGAUCAAAAAAAUAUAUAAUAAUAAUAAAAAUAACAAAAAUCUAUGAAUAUUGCUCAACCGAUCUGUGAAAAGAGUUUAGACUAGAGGGUGCAAUACAAUGUAAUAUUCAUCCACAAUUUAUGUUCUUAAGCGUUAGACGCACAACAUGGGCCGGGGAGGCUCACAGGGAUAUUGGUAUCCACAGUACUCCAUCAAUAAUACAUUUGUUUAACUAAAUUCUUAUUUUAUUCCCCAAAAAUGUUGUUUUGAACAUGAGUGCACUGUAAUUUAAGCCAAAAACUGCAACAUGGCAAAAUGUGUAGAAUUCACUGUUGAUUUCGUCACAUUUUUUAGAUUUAGUUUUAGUCUUAGACCUACAUUUAAUUAGAUCAAGUGUUAACAGGCGAUAGCCGACACCUCAUAGCUGAUGUUUUGGCGGUGUCAGAGGUGGAACUGUGUUAGAGCUGUCAAAUCAGUGAACGGCAGCUACUCAUGUGGUCAUUGUCACGAACAUCCGUUCCACUGGCGUUAGUAGUUCAGAAUGAGAAAGUGUAGGCUAUAUAGAAAUGACACUCACAUUGAAAAUCAUUCAACUAAAUAAUGAGGAUUUACACAGACUGACCAGGUGAAUCCAGGUGAAAGCUAUGAUCCUUUAUUGAUGUCACUUGUUAAAUCCACUUCAAUCAGUGUAGAUGAAGGGGAGGAGACAGGUUAAAGAAGGAUUUUUAAGCCUUAAGACAAUUGAGACAUGGAUUGUGUAUGUGUGCCAUUCAGAGGGUGAAUGGGCAAGACAAAAUAUUUAAGUGCCUUUGAACGGGGUAUGGUAGUAAGUGCCAGGUGCACCUGUUUGUGUCAAGAACUACAAUGCUGCUGGGUUUUUCACGCUCAACAGUUUCCCAUGUGUAUCAAGAAUGGUCCAUCACCCAAAGGACAUCCAGCCAACUUGACACAACUGUGGGAAGCAUUGGAGUCAACAUGGGCCAGCAUCCCUGUGGAACACUUUCGACACCUUGUAGAGUCCAUAUCCCGACGAAUUGAGGCUGUUCUGAGGGCAAAAGGGGCUGCAACUCAAUAUUAAGAAGGUGUUCUUAAUAAACAUUAUUGUUUCUAGUUGAGGUUAGUUACAAGUGUUCUGGCUUCGCAUCAGUUCAAAAAAGAUUGAAGAAUGACUGAAGAGACCACCUGGGAGCUGUGUGGGAGAGCCGGGCAGAUCAGCCAAUCAGAUUGAAGAAUGACUGAAGAGACCACCUGGGAGCUGUGUGGGAGAGCCGGGCAGAUCAGCCAAUCAGAUUGAAGAAUGACUGAAGAGACCACCUGGGAGCUGUGUGGGAGAGCCGGGCAGAUCAGCCAAUCAGAUUGAAGAAUGACUGAAGAGACCACCUGGGAGCUGUGUGGGAGAGCCGGGCAGAUCAGCCAAUCAGAUUGAAGAGUGACUGAAGAGACCACCUGGGAGCUGUGUGGGAGAGCCGGGCAGAUCAGCCAAUCAGAUUGAAGAGUGACUGAAGAGACCACCUGGGAGCUGUGUGGGAGAGCCGGGCAGAUCAGCCAAUCAGAUUGCGCAACUGAAAGAUGUCAACUCUGCCAAUGAGAGGGUUGCAUGAAAUAUUCUGCAUUCAUGCUCUGAUUGGACAAAACAGAUGAAAAGGAGCUUCAUUUCAAAUUAAAUGUCCAUUAAUCUCACAUGGAAUUCUCGUCUGGCCACAUUUUUGUCAACUAAAGUUAAAACGAAUUUGUUACAGUUAUUGUUUUUUUUUCCAGGGCAUCUCGUCUCGUUAUCGUCAUAGUUUUAGUCAGGAAAAAUAAGUCGUUGACAAGUAUUUUUCGUCAUAGUCAUUGUUGACGAAAUGUACACUUGUUGUACUAGAAUUGCAAGAAAUUAGCUUUAAAAUGUUAUCUAUGCCCAAAGGCAAAAUGUGUAGAAUUGCAGGUAAUUAGCUUUUUUUCUCUGACGCUAAGAGGGGGGCCUUUAAAAAUGUGUUUCCCGUUGCCCAAGACUUGAAGUCAUAGUAAAACUGCUUGUAUGCUAUUUGUAGUGCACUCUAAAGUAGGACUUGCAUUCUGAUAUUAUGAGGGGUCCCCGAUUAAUUUUCUAUCACAAUCCCCCACGCAAAACAUAAUAAUGUGGGAUCCUCUGUGCUAAAUGACCGUAUAAUGUGUUAAAUUAUGUUGUGGCCCAUCAGGGUCGGACGGGGCUUCCAGGUCUCCCGGGGCGCCAGGGACCAGCCGGGUGGCCAGGACCAAAUGGGCCCAAAGUGAGUAAGUCCUAUUUCAUAGUGCCCAUAUAUCAAUAUGGUAUUUUACCGUACCAUAGUAUGGUGAAAAAAAUAACAUUAAAAAAUGGUAUGUGUGUUCCUGUACGUACAGGUGUUAGAUCUUAAUUUGGCCUGUUUCGUCACAGGAGUAAAAUAAUCCUGCAGCAGGAGGAUUUGAUUAUUUUCUAACGAGAAAUGAGAAUAGUUUUGAUAGGCUACAGUAGACUAUAUAUUAGGAUCUAGUAAGAGAAAGAGAAAGGGUUUUCAGUGAAUUUAUGUAAAUCACGAGGCUCAUUUGAAUUUCCUACGGUGCAGGAAAAUUCUCUGCGACAACAGAGUGAUCAAAUUAAGAUACCACGUCUGUAUGAUAUGAUGUGUAAAGGUAGAUGAAGACUGUGUUAUCAGAGCCAUGUCUCUGUGUGUGUGUGUGUGUGUGUGUGUGUGUGUGUGUGUGUGUGUCUGUGUCUGUGUGUGUGUGUGUGUGUGUGUGUGUGUGUGUGUGUCUGUGUCUGUGUGUGUGUGUGUGUGUGUGUGUGUGUGUGUGUGUGUGUGUGUGUGUGUGUGUGUGUGUGUGUGUGUGUGUGUGUGUGUGUGUGUGUGUGUCUCUGUGUGUGUGUGUGUGUGUGUGUGUGUGUGUGUGUGUGUGUGUGUGUGUGUGUGUGUGGCAGGGGGAGAAGGGAGAUGGUGGAUUGAUGGGAUUACCUGGAGUAAGAGGACCUCUUGGACCUAAGGUCUGUGAAGCUUCAUCUUUCCCCGAGAAAAUUGUCUGAUUUCAACCAUAAAGUUAUUCAUAUUGUCUAUACUUCAGACUUCUGAUCUUCCUUCCUAGGGUUUACCCGGAUACAAAGGAGAAAAGGUGUGUGAUUACUUCAAAUGUGUUAGACUGCUUUCUUUUAUUCUAUUACAUUACAUAACCAUAUCUCAGUUCCACUGGGUUGGUUCAACAACACUGUUUGUCUGUUUUCAGUGUUUACAGUUGGCUGUACAGUUGUUUUGUCUCCUGUCUCAUCAGGGUUCCCGUGGUGACCGUAGUGAGGCUGGGAGGAAGGGAGACAAGGGCACAAUGGGCUUCCCUGGAAUGCUUGGACAGAAAGUGAGACAUACAUCUUGUGAUCUCUUGAUCUAGACAUUAUCUGAUGUUUAUCAGCUGCUGGGGUUGAUGUGGAGGAGGAGGAGGAGGAGGAGGAGGAGGAGGAGGGGGGGGAGCAGGUGAAGGAGGAGUGGGAGUAGGAGCGGGGGGGAGGGGGGCAGGAGGAGGUCAUUGUAGGUGAAGUGUAGUGGAGGUUCAUUGAACAACAGGAUAGAACCAGAAUCAACUGGCCCUCCAUAAUAACUCAAUAACACAAUUCUAAAUUGGACCACAGUUAUUUAUAUGAUGUACCAGUAUAUGUUGUUAUUGAUGGAGUGCUGUGGUUUGUUAUGUCUUUAGGGUGAAAUGGGUCCAAAGGGAGAACCUGGAAUCUCAGGGAAUAGAGGACCGACGGGCAGACCAGGGAAGAGGGGCAAACAGGUGAGAUAUACUUUAUUAAACAGGUGAGAUAUACUUUAUUAAACAGGUGAGAUAUAUUCUUUAUUAAACAGUUGAGAGAUAUUCUUUAUUAAACAGGUGAGAUAUACUUUAUUAAACAGUUGAGAUAUAUACUUUAUUAAACAGUUGAGAGAUAUUCUGUAUUAGGAUCUUAUUUGGAUCUUAAUGAUGUAAAACAGUGCCUUGCAAAAGUAUUCAUCCCCCUUGGCGUUUUUCCAAUUUUGUUGCAUUACAACCUGUAAUUUAAAUGGAUUUUUAUUUGGAUUUCAUGUAAUGGACAUACACAAAAUAGUCCAAAUUAGAACUUGUUUCAAGAAAUUCUAAAUAAAUAAAUAACGGAAAAGUGGUGCGUGCGUAUGUAUUCACCCCCUUUUACUAUGAAGCCCCUAAACAAGAUCUGGUGCAACCAAUUACCUUCAGAAGUCACAUAAUUAGUUAAAUAAAGUCCACCUGUGUGCAAUCUAAGUGUCACAUGAUCUGUCACAUGAUCUCAGUAUUUAUAUACCUGUUCUGAAAGGCCCCAGAGUCUGCAACACCACUAAGCAAGGGGCACCACCAAGCAAGCGGCACCAUGAAGACCAAGGAGCUCUCCAAACAGGUCAGGGACAAAGUUGUGGAAAAGUACAGAUCAGGGUUGGGUUACAAAAAAAUAUCAGAAACUUUGAACAUCCCACGGAGCACCAUUAAAUCCGUUAUUUAAAAAUGGAAAGAAUAUGGCACCACAACAAACCUGCCAAGAGAGGGCCGCCCACCAAAACUCACGGACCAGGCAAGGAGGGUAUUAAUCAGAGAGGCAACAAAGAGACCAAAGAUAACCCCGAAGGCGCUGCAAAGCUCCACAGCGGAGGUUGGAGUAUCUGUCCAUAGGAGCUGGGCUUUACGGAAGAGUGACCAGAAAAAAGCUAUUGCUUAAAGAAAAAAAUAAGCAAACAUGUUUGGUGUUCGCCAAAAUUCAUGUGGGAGACUCCUCAAACAUAUGGAAGAAGGUACUCUGGUCAGAUGAGACAAACAUUUAGCUUUUUGUCCAUCAAGGAAAACGCUAUGUCUAGCGCAAACCCAACACCUCUCAUCACCCUGAGAACACCAUAUUUUUCAUCGGCAGGGACUGGGAAACUGGUCAGAAUUGAAGGAAUGAUUGAUGGCGCUAAAUACAGGGAAAUUCUUGAGGGAAACCUGUUUCAAUCUUCCAGAGAAUUGAGACUGGGAUGGAGGUUCACCUUCUAGCAGGACAAUAACCCUAAGCAUACUGCUAAAGCAACACUCGAGUGGUUUAAGGGGAAACAUUUAAAUGUCUUGGAAUGACCUAGUCAAAGCCCAGACCUCAAUCCAAUUGAGAAUCUGUGGUAUGACUUAAAGAUUGCUAUACACCAGCGGAACCCAUCCAACUUGAAGGAGCUAGAGCAGUUUUACCUUGAAGAAUGGGCAAAAAUCCCAGUGGCUAGAUGUGCCAAGCUUAUAGAGACAUACCCCAAGAGACUUGCAGCUGUAAUUGCUGCAAAAGGUGGCUCUACAAAGUAUUGACUUUGGGGGGGUGAAUAGUUAUGCACGCUCAAGUUUUCUGUUUUUUGUCUUAUUUCUUGUUUGUUUCACAAAUUUUUUUUAUUUUGCAUCUUCAAAGUGGUAGGCAUGUUGUGUAAAUCAAAUGAUACAAACACCCAAAAAAUCCAUUUUAAUUCCAGGUUGUAAGGCAACAAAACAGGAAAAUGCCAAGGGGGGUGAACACUUUCGCAAGCCACUGUAUCACAUGCUGUUAGAAGCUGUGAUUAAAAAAAGUUUUGCCGCUCUUUGAGCAACAUACUGUAACUUCAAAUCACUAUGAUGUGGCGACAUGUUUUGACCGCUGAAGGUUUACCAUAUGUUUGUCUGUCGAUGUUUUUACAUGUGUUGUUUAUCUUGUCUGAUUUAUCAGGGAGGGAAGGGCGACAAUGGGAUUAUCGGCCCUCUAGGUCCAGCAGGUCCUCAGGGGCCCCCCGGCCACCCUGGUCCCCCAGGUCUGCCAGCCUCAGGUAAGGACCUCUCCACCACCUCCUCCAUCGGCUCUUCCAUCUGAGCUUGGCUGCUUUAGAGCCAGCUGUAGGGCUAGGGAGUGUGGCUGGGCUAACAUGCUAAUCUGUUGCCAGUCUGUAGAUGCAUGUUGAGUGUGUAGCUGGAUGAAUUCUAGGGAAGAGCAUUGAGUCAGAUUUAGAGUUAUUGGUUUGUUCAUUGUUGGAGGCUCUGCCCAUUUUCUGGACUCUGAAGGCUAGUUUAUCAGACCUAGAUUAUUAAACCUGGUCCUGUAAUAAAAAGCAUGCCCAAUGGAGAAUCUCACUGGAAAGUACAUUUGAGGUUUAAUGUGCGGUUUGGAAAUCGUCCAUAUGUCCUGUCAGUGUGAGAAGCUUCAGGGAUGGGUGUGAAGCUGUAGGCAGGCAACCUCCCGUGUCAGCAUCUGCGAAAGGAAGCAGACAUUAAAACACAGCAGGAGGUAACACCAGAGAGCUUAUUUAGCUUCAGAGGAACCUGAUCCCCCCCUUUCUAUCCCCCCCCUGAGGUGAAACAGAUGCCCAGAGGGGGUGGGGUGGCAGGGGGACACUGGGAUGGGAUGGAUGAUGAAGCCAUGACAUCAUGUCCUUAAAACGGAUUCAUAGAGGGCCAAGAAGCUCCUUACAUAUUUACAAACAUUAUGUCACCAUGUAAUUAAACUGUGACAGCCGGUGUCUUGUUCAGGUUUCUGCUCAAAUUGAGUUGAUUGCUUUACCAACUUGAUAGAUAGACAAGGGGGCCCGGAUAGUGCAUUUAUAACAUACAGUCCCUGUGAAUAUGGUACUCUGUGCUUGUGUGCCUACAUCGAUAAUAUAUGAUCUAAAGAUGUAUUUCUUGUUCAGGACUCUACGUGGUCGGAACGAAAGGUGAGAGGGGGCUACCAGGUCUUCCUGGAACUUGCAGCUGUAACUCUGUUAGUAUUAACAGCCCACAGUUUGAUGAACAUAGUUCCAGGAGCGACUACGCCAAAGUGCCAGCGGUGAGCAUGCAACACAUGAUCAACAUUAUUGCGAAUCAUAAACUUGCCUCAGCUAAGGCACUUGAUAGACCAAAUUAGUCUUUGUUGUCUCACCCAGAAUGAGUCUUUAUUGUGUCUCACCCAGAAUGAGUCUUUGUUGUUUACAGAUAUUUGUGGUAAACAAUAAAGAAGAACUAGAUCGUCUUCAUACGGACAACGCCCUAGCCUUCCGGAAAGACCAGAGAUCACUUUACUUCAAAGACACCAACGGAUGGCUGCCGAUUCAGGUACCUCACCCGAUGCACUAUCUUCUAAACGUGAUAUGUCUAAGUGCUUACAGUAUUGCCUGGCGAGGUUCAUCUUUAAGUUACAGUUUUAUUUAAUUUUCUUUGUUUUAGUUUCUAAUCUCUGUAAUAGACUCCUUUCUUCCAGCUGACACCGUUCCAGUCUACGGAGAACGCUCCGGAACAGGAGGGUUACUGUGGCGACGGGAUCGUUCAGAUUCCCAACGGGGAGGAAUGUGACGACGGGAAUAGGAUUGUCACCGACGGCUGCGUCAGUAAGUCACGUUAUCAUAGUGGAUGAACAAGAUCUGUGGUUUGGUUCUGCCGAUGGUUCCGUUUGUUGGAGCCUGGAGUUGUGGGUUCGAUUACCGCAUGGGAAGUUGAUUUGGAUGAAGUAACUUACUAAAUGAUAAUGCUAUUGAUGACAUACAGAAGCACCGGUCUGGUUUGGAUGGCAAUUUAUCUGUCUCUCUGUCCGUGUCUCUGUCUCUCUCUCUGUGUCUCUCUCUCCGUCUCUCCAUGUCUCUGUCUCUCUCUCUGUGUCUCUCUCUCUCUGUGUCUCUCUCUCCGUGUGUCUCUCUCUCCGUGUCUUUCUCUCUGUGUGUCUUUCCCUCCUUGUCUCUCUUUCUCUCUGUGUCUCUGUCUCUCUCUCUGUCUCUCUGUGUGUCCCUCUCUCCCUGUGUCUCUCUCUCCGUGUGUGUCUCUCUCCGUGUGUCUCUCUCUCUGUGUGUCUCUCUCUCUGUAUCUCUCUCUCUGUGUCUCUCUGUCUCUCUCUCUCUGUGUGUCCCUCUCUCUGUGUGUCUCUCUCUGUGUGUCUCUCUCUCCGUGUCUCUGUCUCUCUCUCCGUGUCUCUCUCUCUCUGUCUCUCUGUCUCUCUCUCUCUGUGUGUCCCUCUCUCUGUGUGUCCCUCUCUCUGUGUCUCUGUGUCUCUCUCUGUGUGUGUCUCUCUCCGUGUCUCUCUCUCUGUGUGUCUCUCUCUCUGUGUGUCUCUCUCUCCGUGUGUCUCUCUCACCGUGUGUCUCUCUCUCUGUGUCUCUCUCUGUUUUUCUCCCUCUCUGUUUCUCUCUCCAUCUCUUCCUCCUGACAGAGUGUAAACAUGCUUACUGUGGAGAUGGUUAUCGUUACGACGGGGCCGAGGAAUGUGAUGGAAAGGACUUUGGCUAUCAGACAUGCAACUCAUAUCUCCCAGGGUUAGUAGGACUACUGUCUUGAUCCAUUCUUGUCUGCUUUUCAUAUCUUACUGUAUGUAACCUCAUAACUGUGUGUUCCCUAUGGAGCAGUAACACUGUCUGCCAUUGUCAUGAUUAGUUGACAGAGGGUUCUAUUUCUCCUUGAUUCCCAGGUCUUAUGGUCGUCUCAGAUGCACUCCGUACUGUGUCAUUGACUCUACAAACUGCAAUUAUUUCACAUGAAGAGGAACCUGGACACAGCAGUGGGAUCCUUCAUGUCUUGUUUGCUUUGGCACUAAACAGGAUGUCGGUAAUGCAAAAAAAAAAAAAAAAAAGAAGAAAGAUCAACAACAACACUGCAAACAAGAGACUCAAAAAGGAAGUGGUGACAAACUGGACUAAACCUGACAAAAUGACUAAAACUACACACACUAACUCUGUUGAAUCGCUGCUGAAGCCAUGUAGUUCCCGAGGAGGUGGGGGGUGGCGAGUAAAAUGCCCCCUCACCCAUUCACAGGAAACGCACAGGACAAUUUCACUUUGUCUUAAAUAAAACUCAACCCAAGACUGAAGAGGCUCCGCCCACACCAUACCUGAUAGGACCAGGGCCUGCCGCUGAACGAGAGGCGGUCAAAUGAGAGAAGUGACAGACAGCCAAUAGGAGAGCUCUGAGAAAGAGAGAGAGACUCGUGGGUGGAGCCGGAAGCCAUAUUUACCUCGACGUAGCACUGUUAAAGAAAAGAGAACCAGGUCUGGACAAUCAGAAGCAGGAUGCUGUGUAUUUUACUGCAAUGUGAAUGACGUAAUAUAGCAUUUGCAUGAGGCUGAGAUUGCUGUGUGACCAUGGCAACAGAUGUCACUACCUAGGCAUGUUACCAAUCACAAUACUUACUAUCGUUGUCAUGAGCUUUGUGCUGUGUAUAUAUAGUAGGUAGACGUCUCCAAUUGUACGUAGGGAGUAUAUUGUAUGUUAUAAUUUCACUAAUCAGGACAGGAGGGGCAUGUCAUAAUGAUACUGUAUUCAGGAGGAUUCUGAGAGCCUUGUUCAAUAGAGGCAGAUCUUAAGCCUUGUUCUGUAUGUUCUUAAGAGGUAGAUCUUAAGCCUUGUUCUGUAUGUUAUGAAGAGGUAGAUCUUAAGCCUAGGUCAGUCUGUACUGAAGAGGUAGAUCCUCUUCAGAAGAACAGUAAAGCUAUGUACUGUACAGUAGUAGCAUAAAGCCAAGAUGGCCGCUUGUGGAAAUAGCAGCCAAGCUGACAGACCGGGAUCCCUCACCACCUGGUAGAACUGAGCAGGGGCCUUGUCCCAAAUUACACCCUAUUCCCUAUAUAGUGCACUACUUUUGACCAGAGUCCUAUGGGCCUUGGUCAAAAGUAGCGCACUAUAUAGGGGAUAGGGUGCCAUUUGGGACAGCCAGGCCUGUGCGCUCUAUUAGCUUGUGAUAGCACUGGACUGUAGUUCAAGAGGGCCGUUCAGAAUCUGAACAUUGUGGACAUGGUCAGCUUUGCUUUAGUUUAGAUUGACAUUUCCACGAUUUAACUCAGGAACCACUAACAUAAUGUAGCUGUGGUCGUGCGGUUUUCACAGACAUCCUCCCUUAUAUCCACUGUAGACCACAGAUGAGACCACCGAGUCUGUGCUGCACACUGACUGUUACACUGUCCCUCUCCUCACUCAGAAGUGCUUACUGUACACGUUGAUGACUCAUGCCAUCAGUCCUCUAGGUAUGGAGGAGGGCCUCAGUGCACUACGGUCUGCAGGGAGAUAUGACACGUGA